AUGGCCUCAAAUAUCCACCUCCCAGAACCCAAGGUCGAAGCGGCGCAACCUGAAGCAGCAAUGUGUCACGUCGACGCGGCAAAACUCAAGGAAGAACAAACUCACUCGACAGGCCCGCCAGUCCGGACUUUUCCUUUCGGACAGCUCUCUUAUGACCUUCAAUACGAAGUGCUCCGCUUCUGCGACUACCCUACUGCAACUCUUCUAACAUCCACAAACCGACAUUUCUACGAGGCACUUCAUCCAAAGAUAGAAUAUGCGAUUCCCGCAUCCGAACGACUGGAAGUAAUUCAAAGAGUUGACCGAGAUCAUCGAAACGAGCAGCGGGCACACACGCAAACGUUCCGGAAAUCGCGCCGCUGUUGGACCUGCGCCAUCGAGAACAACUACUAUGCCGACCUAGAGCCUGUCAAAAAGGAUAGAGUCUCGUAUUUCCCUUGUCAUGGCUGUGGAUUUCUUGGUACAGAGUUCAAUAGGUGUCGGGGCAAUCGCGCAUCAGGCAUUAUCGUCAACAGACAGUGCCACAAAGACAAGGAAUUCUCGCCUUUGGAACUUCUUUCUGGGGAGAUUCUCCGGCUAAUUAUCGGCCAAUUGGAUUAUCUCGACGCCAUCCACGUACGCAUCGCCAGCUGCUCGAUGAUGCAUCAAGUCAAGCUUGACUGGGUAGCCAUUCACAGACGCUUUACCUUUGUCUUCGCGAGAGAAGCGCCUCUGGUUGAGCUGGUAUACAGAGAAAUAUUCGAAAGUGUAGAUGAAAGUCUCGGCCCGGAGUCGAGAGAGAUGCUAGGGAAGACAUACACGUACCCAUGUUACAGCUGUUUCAAGGUCAAACCUGCUGCCAAGUUCCUUGACAAGACUCUACAGUUCAUAGGGGAAGAGCCAGAUCGUUUCUGGCGGCGCCGGUGUCGCCAUUGUUGCACGAUUGCGGCUGGUGAGCCCGAGAUUUUGGAUGAGUGGUACAGGCGUCAUCUCUGCUCCGACUGCGGGUUGAUGAAAGCCAAGGGGGAAGCUUGCCUCGGUUGCUUGAAGACCUCCGGUGCUCGCGAAAGCAUGCACGCAAUCACCAAGAUGAGUCGGAGUUCGAAUGACAAACGGUAG